UACAACGACGGGGAUAAUAAAGGUCAGCAUCUGUUAGUCUAUAUUAAUCCAUUGCAACUACAUUUAAGGCAGUAUCAAAUGUUGCGUUGACAAGAAUUCAUCCUAAUAAACAUUGCAGGCUUUAUCAAUCAAAAUGGUCCUACAAGCAGAUGUAGUGCUUUACUCAUUUAUAGGAAUUAUAGUGACACUCCUAAUAGCACUAAAAUUAUUCUUCCACCAUCUUUUUAAAUAUUGGGAGAAGCGUGGACUUUACACUCCAAAGCCUAUAUUUCCUUUCGGCAACGCCAUAAAUUUCUACAACGGCAAAGAAUGUCUUGGUGAAUUAUUUUCUACAAUCUACCUGGACAUUAAAUCCAGAGGUCUGAAGCAUGGAGGCUUCUAUUUUUGGGGCAAAAGAGUUUACAUACCCGGCGACAAUGAAAUUGUGAAGAAAAUCAUAAUAAGCGACUUCGAAUACUUCCCCAACCACGGCCUGUAUCUGAGCGAAAGCAUGGAGCCGUUAACGGGGCACAUUUUCAACAUGGAGGGCGGAAAAUGGAGGAACCUCCGGGCCAAAUUGCCGGCAGCCUUCAGCACGUGCAAAAUGAGGAAAAUGUUUGCCGAAAUGGUGGGUUGUCAGAAGAAUUUGUGCGAACUGUUGGACACGUACGAAAGUAAACAACAGCCGGUCAACAUCAAAGACGUUCUCAGUUUGUUCUCCACUGACAUCAUCACCAAAACAGCUUUCGGAAUCGAAACGAAUUGUUUAAAAAACAAGGACAUGGACUUCAUCACGCAUGGCAGAUCGUUUUUCGACGACCAGUGGAGUGUUUUCAACAACACUUUAGUGAUAACGUGUCCCAGGAAUUAUCUGCAGUUUUUCGGCUUGAAGGUGUUGAAAAAAGAAGCCACUGACUUCUUCAUGAAGGUGUUCGGGGACAUAAAGGACCACCGCGAGAAGACUGAUGAUAAAAGAGAGGACUUGACCAAUCUUCUGAUCCGAUUAACAAAAUACAACCCCGACGACCGGCUUUUUAAAGACUUCAACGGAAAGGGCACCAUUGAUCCGAUGAAUUUCAACGAGUUCGCCGCCCAGGCCUACGUUUUCUUCGAGGCAGGUUUCGAAACUUCCUCCUCAACAAUGACCUUCGCCUUGUAUGAACUGGCCAAAAAUCCAGACAUCCAGGAAAAUUUGAGGAGAGAAAUUCAGACUGUCCUGGAAAAAUACGAUGGUGUCGUCACUUAUGACGCUAUGUUGGAAAUGAAGUAUUUGGAAAACGUUGUAGAUGAAACUCUGCGUUUAUAUCCUGUAUUCCCGAUUCUUCCAAGGAUUUGUAACAAAGAAUACCAAGUUCCCGGUACUGAUUUGGUGUUAGAAAAGGACACACUUGUAGUAGUGAGUCAGAUGGGCCUUCACAGAGAUCCAGAAUUUUGGCCUGAUCCUCUAGUUUUCGAUCCUGAUCGAUUUACAUCGGAAAAUAAGGCCACUAGACCUACCACAGCCUAUAUGCCUUUUGGAGAUGGUCCAAGGAUUUGUAUUGGUAAACGGUUUGGAUUGCUCCAGUCUAAAGCAGGCAUUAUCGGGAUUAUAAGGAACUACCAAGUUUCCUUAAGCAAAAAGACAAUUCAGCCUUUCAAGUUUGACACUUCCGGGAUCAUACUUAGAACAAAGGGAGAUGUUUGGCUUCAACUCACCAAAAUAUAACACUAUUCCUUGUAACUUAAUUUAUAUAAACAAAUUUAAACAGU